AUGGCGCCCAAGCCUAAUCUUACUGGCUUCGAUCCGCAAAAGUUCGCCGCGGCGUCCGGUCAACCGAAGAACGAUCCCUGGGCAAGACAGUACAUCUCUCGCGCCUUCACCCAACACGAUACACCUGCUAACAGACGAACAGCGAGGCAUGGAGAUAUACCGGCCCUUUUACGCGCUGGAACAGAUUUAAAGGCCUCUUCCCCGGCUUUGGCAUCGCGACUGUGGCUUUCGCCGGCUACCUCGUAUACGAACAGAUGUUUCUACAACCGGCACAUGGGCACGGACAUGGAGACGAGAGCCACCACUAG